AUGGAUUUUGACGAGAAAUGGUUUUCAACGGUAGAACAAGCAGUUAUCGCUCAAUACAAUAAACUCAAAGUUAAAGGAGAUAUAGAUAACUCCGUUCUUGCAGGUUUUUUACUUUAUAACAGUGAAGAAAAUAAUCUUAAAGUAAUAUCACUCGCAACAGGCACAAAACUUAUGUCUGGCGAUCAGAGAGAUAAAGACAAAGCGAUUGGUCCGAUUUUUGUGCAUGAUUGCCAUGCCGAAAUUUUGGCUCGUAGAUGCCUUCAAAAAUGGAUAUGGUCAGAACUUAAUGAUUUAUUCAAAGAACGUCAUCUUGAUCCGAAAUACACGCUCCAUUUCUACACUAGCACUCCUCCAUGUGGAGAUUGCUGUGUUCAUAUUAAACCUGAUGCUGUUCUCGUUGAAACAGGAGCAAAACCAUUUGGAUGGGAUCAAAGCCAACUAGCUACUUCUCCACCGAACAUUGUUCGCGGAAAACCAGGUCGUGGAUCAAGAUCUCCUGUUAUGUCUUGUUCUGAUAAAAUAACAACAUGGAUUCAUGCAGGACUCGAAGGAAACUUACUGUCUUCAUUUGUGGAUCCUAUUUAUCUAAAAACAAUUUGCGUUGGUAAUGGAAAUUUAGAAUCUUGCCAAAGAUGCUUCUUCAAACGGCUUCCAAAUACUUCUGACGUCAAAAUAAUAUGUGGAGUGUCAGAAUGGAAGCAAAAUCUGGACUCUCCAGCUGCUUCUUCUGUUAGUUAUUGUAUUGGAGAAGAUUAUGAAUUAAUUUCACCAAAAUUUGGAAGAAAAUUCGGUGUUAUCCCAAAGAACCAAGAAAAUCCACGUUUUAUGCCAAGCGUAUGUGAUGCAAUGAUGCUUAGAAGAUAUUGUUUGAAGAAAUCAAUUAAAAAUAUUAAAUUUGGAGAGGCAAAGCUUCAAAACAAAGAAUACAAUGACAAGAAGAACAAAAUAAAAGAAGAACUACUUAAACACGGAGGUACUUGGGCUCCAAAACUACAAGAAGAAAAAGAUUGGGAGUAUGAUGAAGAAAGAAUGACACCAAAACUUCCAGAACGGGAGAGAUAG